CUGGAAUGGACACCUACGUUUAACAGAGUAAUGACUUUCCUGGUUCCAGAAGUCAGAACAGGCAGACCUGACUCCAGCAGUUAGAGGUAUCGUGAUUAAGACCAGGCCGACUCAGUGGUGCACUUUGAAGCAAAAGGAUCCACUGGCUAUAAUUUACACACUAGCCUAGUGUUGAAGAUUGAUUUCAGACAAGCUCUCCAUAAAUAUUUUUACACCAGGUGUCAACCUUUUGUGGGUCUAUCUCUGUUAACAACAUGGAGUCGAUUGAUACCAUUGAAGUGUUGGAUGUGGACAUCCCAGAGUCUGUGUGUACUAUAUGUGGACAGCAGCACUCUACAGAAGAAAACCAUUCUUACACCUAUACAGAAGAAGUGGACGAUGAUUUAAUUUGCCAUAUCUGUUUGCAUGCCCUCAUACAGCCUCUGGAUACACCAUGUGGCCAUACAUACUGUACUCUUUGCCUCACCAACUUCCUAAUGCAUGAGAACUUCUGUCCAGUGGAUCGGAAGCAUGUCAUGCUACAGACUUGCAAAAAGUCCACUAUUCUCGUAAAGAAUCUUCUGGAUAAGCUGCCGGUGGUCUGUCCUUUUACGGAAUAUUGUACAGAAGUGUUCCCGAGGUGUGAACUUGAGGAUCACUUCAUAAAUAGGUGUAAAGGAGCCUCACAUUAUGGGUUAACCAAGGAACGCAAGCGACGCUCACAGGACGGUUCCCCAGACUGCAGUUCCUCGCUGGAUUUAACAGUAGCAGCUGUCUCCCCAGAACUGUCAGCAGCUGUAGCCUUAGCAAAUGAUGAAACAGGUCAAGACAACCCUGCCUUUAGUUCCUCUACAGGAGACAGCCAUUUGGGGAAUGGAUCUGAAGAACAUUGCAGAAUUAAUAGGAACAGAAAUCGUAACUUUGAGCGCUCUACAGUCAGGAGUCUAUCUUUUAAAAAACUGAACCGAGCUUUCAGCGUUCUCCGAAGAACAAAGAGUGGAAAUGCAGUUGUACAUGCCGCUGACAGGCAACGGGGGAACCUGCAAAAUGCAAAUGUCACAGAAGAUUGUGUUGUGCUUCCCAGACUAUAUCACCUGAUUCCAGAUGGAGAAAUUACUUGUAUAAAAAUCAACCGUGCAGAGCCUACUGAAAGCCUCGGGAUACGGAUUGUGGGUGGCAAUGAAACACCUCUUCUCCACAUCAUCAUACAGCAUAUUUAUCAAGAGGGGGUAAUUGCUCGUGAUGGGAGACUUCUUCCCGGUGAUAUGAUAUUGAAGGUAAAUGGCAUUGACCUUAGCAGUGUACCUCACACCUACGCACUUUCUGUACUCAGGCAACCUUCACAAGUGUUAAGACUCACAGUUCUCAGAGAACAGCGGUACAAAUGCAGAAGCAACGGUGUCUCCGUAGACCCACACGGCACCAGAGAAGACAGUGUACAUGUUGUGCUAAGCAAAAGCAGCCAUGAUGUGCAGCUGGGAAUCAAGCUAGGCCGCAAACGCGACGAGCCUGGAAUAUUUAUUUUUAAUUUGCUGGAAGGAGGUGUUGCUGCACGAGAUGGCUAUUUGCAGGAGAACGAUCGUGUUUUGGCAGUUAAUGGUCAUGAUUUGCGUACUGGCACUCCAGAAAUUGCAGCUCAACUUAUACAGGCCAGCGAGGAGGGGGUGUACUUUAUUGUUUCACGGCAGACCAGACAUCAGACCCCUGAUAUCUUGCAGGAGGCUGGGUGGCAUAACAACGGCAACCCUCCAACAUGCCCAAACGAGCGAAAUCAUUUUAACAAGAAUGGAUAUCGUAACUCCUUGUGUCACGAGAAGUUGGUGAAUAUUGUGAAAGACCACACAGAGUCUCUGGGAAUGACCGUGGCUGGUGGUGUAUCCAACUGGGAAUGGGACCUGCCUAUAUUUGUUACAAGUGUAGACCCUGAUGGAGUGAUUGGAAGAGACGGGAGAAUAAAAACAGGAGAUAUUUUACUGAAUGUAAAUGGCAUUGAUCUAACAGGAGUAAGCCGCAGCGAGGCUGUCUCUUUACUGAAAAAUUCUUCCUCUUCCUCUGUGGUUCUGAAAGUCUUGGAAACAAUAGAACAUGAGCCUGAAGAGGACAAUAGCAGCAACGCCCUGUCCAUGGAUUCUGUUCAGAACGACGUAGUGAACAGGGAAUGGUCACCUGGUUGGGUCAUGUGGUUGAAGCUACCUCGGUAUUUGUACAGCUGCCGGGAGGUUGUGCUGAGGAGGAAUCCAGCUGGCAGUCUGGGAUUCAGUAUAGUAGGCGGCUCGGAGGACUACAGCAGGGACAAACCAUUCUUUAUUAAAUCCAUACUGGAGGGAACUCCCGCUUACAACGAUGGACGAAUCAGGUGUGGCGACAUCCUUCUUGCUGUGAAUGGCCGAUGCACAUCAGGGAUAUCGCAUGACUGCUUAGUUAGAAUGCUAAAAGAAAUCAGAGGAAGAGUUCUUCUCACAAUCGUGUCAUGGCCUGGUUCCUUAUUGUAGACCACCUCUCAUUCAGCAAACCUACUGCCAUGCUGUAAAGCACAUUCCACGUAUAGUGUACUUAACACCCGUAUUUGUUAACACUUGCGUCUGUUGUCAGAUUUGGAUAUAUAUGGCGAUAUAUAACACCGGUGUGUUAUUUGUGCAUGUAGGAAAAUCACAGCCUUGAAAUUCCAUAGGUCAAGCACUUUUACAUCUUCAUUAAGAGCGAUAUAACCAUCUAGAUGUGCUUUAUAUGUUUCUUUGUUGUCUGUUAACGUUUUUUCAAAUGGUCUGGUUUUGUUCCUCGUUUUGGCUAGUCGAUCUUACACACCAAUAACACUCAGUUUGUUCUACUAAAAUCAUUAAGUCGGUCAUCUUGAACAUGUGCCAGUGACCUGCGCUAAAUGUAAAAUGUUAUCCUAGAGCAGUGAUGGCGAACAUUUUUGAGCCCGAGUACCCAAACCGAAAUACAAACCAACUUUUUCCCCUCUAAGUGCCAACACGGCAAUUAAACACAACAAUUAUACACACUGUCACUCACUGAUUCAGACACUCACUGAUACACUUACACAUUGACACCAAUAUUGACACACGCAUACUCACUGACACUCACAGAUAUACACUGACACUCACACACACUCACUGACAGACACAUAGUGACAGACACACACACUCAUAAACACAAUCACAGACAAACACAGACACACACUCGUACAAAUUUCCCCCAACACUCACAAAUUGCUAUCAUUAUUUUUUUAUUUUAUUUUAAUUUAACUCCACCCAGCCUCCAUGAGAGAUCUGGAGUGGAUUACUCACCUGGUGGUGCUGCAGGGGCUGCUUGUGCUGCUGGACAGGCAGGCAGGGGGCGAACUGGCAGAGUAGGCAUCAAGGGAGCUCUAAUCUUCCUGCUCAGCUCCCUCGCGUGCCGCUUAGUGAUGACGGGAGCUGGUCUGAUGUCAUAGUCCGUCUCCCGGCAUCACUAAGUGGCGCGUGAGGGAGCUGAGCAGUAGGAGCUCAGACUACAGCACUCCUUCGCCUCAAGCCCGCAAAUCAAGCUGCCGUCUGCCUUGGGGGAUGCCCAAAGGUGGCCAGCCGGCCAGCUCUUGGGUCCCCCCCGUCAGGACACAAGGCUAACAAGGCAGUGCCGCACAAGGCAAAUGCCUUGUUAGCCUCGCGGUGAAUACACCACCCUACCAGCAACCUGUGGCCACAUGCUCACAGAGAGGUCUCGGCAUACCAGCUGUGGCACGUGUGCCAUAGGUUCGCCAUCACUGUCCUAGAGUCAUGCAGUGGAAGAAAUUACAUUAUGACAUGCUGUUUUAACCAGUGCAGAAUCUUUUUGAAAAGAACUUAAAAAUCACUUUGAAUUCUCACUUUAGUAAAUAACACUCUUAGUGUUCACCAAGGACAGAUUAUCCUUUUUAUUACUGGGGUGUUUAUUGGCCAAGCCACCAAUCAUUAUAAAAGAGAGGUAGCCAUGUUUGAUCCUUAUACUGGUAUGUCAUUGUUUGGUGCACUGUCUGAGCACUGCCGUCAGAUAAUACUUAGGGAACUCAGGGAUGUAUGUAAUAAAUGGAUGCUAUACACACAUAAUCUAAAGAGUCAGUGAAGGCUGGCAUGUCCUAUCCAGUCUGUGGAAUCUUGACAUUAUUUAAAAUUGUGCAGUUAAAUGAAUUGCAAAAAAAAGUUUUAUUUUAACUUUAUCUUUAGUUUUUCUUCUAUAAAAAGAGCUUUGUUUCCCAAAUUGCACAUAGUAGAGACCAGGGUAGUGUUUUAAAAUGAUUUUACCAUUUAAUAACUUUUACAACUAUGGAAGAGAUACUACUGUAUUGUAAAACAAAUCACAGAUAUAGUUUUGUGUGUGUGUGUGUGUGUGAAGAAAAAGUGUUUGCUAUGGCACAGGCAUCACAUAUAAAUAAUGUCCUUAAUCUAGUGUCCACUCAUACAAUCCUAUGACCAAAUUUAUUAAACUAGUACCUCAGGCUAGAUCUGACAGAUUUAUUUAUUAUUCAAAUAACAAAACAACUAAUCCAAAAUAAUAAAAUGUGAGAAAGUUACUGCACAACAGAGUUUUAUUGACAACGCCGGAGUAUCUAGAAGUUGUGGUUUAUUUGUCUGCUUUUCAUACAUGAAAAUUGAACUACAACUCCCAAUCAGAUUUACGAUGGAGAAAUAAUGCAGGUUAGGAGGAGGGGUGGACAGACAUUUUAAAACGUGG